CAACAACUCUAUAAAAGCCAAUGAAAAUUCUUACAAUUCUUAGAAGAAACCAGAAACCAACCUCAAACAUCAGCUAAUCUAUUCUUCGUUAAAAAUGUCUAUUGUCUAUUUACUAUUAUUCAUUAUAAUAUUGUUUAUUAUUCCAAAUCUCAAUUGUAUUACUACGGAAUAUUCAUUACCAUUAAAUAAAUAUGAUGAAUAUCAUAUUCAAUGGUCUGUAAAUUAUGAUAAUAAUGAAGUCAAAUGGUUACAAUUUAAUGUUUGUUAUAAUCUGAAUACUCAUAAUCAUAGAGAAUGGGAACAUUUGAAAUUUUUCGGUAUUGGAUUUGGUAAAACAGAUGAAUUAGUCAAUUUAGAUAUGUAUCUUUUAUAUUUUCCAUUAUAUAUGAAUGAAACAACAAGUAGUCGUAAAGAUAGUUAUUUAUAUAUGGAGGCAUAUACUGAUGAAAAUUCAAUGUUACAUAUUAGAGAUUCUAUAGAAAGUAAAUUGUAUACAGUUGAAUUACCGAACUUACGAAAACUAAAUAAUAACAAUAAUGAUGAACAAUUAAUUUGCUUUAAUUUUGGAAGAAUGGCAACUUCCUGUCGUGAAAAUGGUUACAGUAUCAAUAAUCAAACAACUCAUCUAUUCUUAUUCCAUAGUAUAUAUGAUCAUUUCAAUAGACAUGAUGUAAUUUAUCAAAUGUGGUUACAUCGAAUGGGAUUGGCUUCAAUGAUUUCAUUGAACAAUUUAGAAAUGAGACGUAUUCCACACAAGAAGAUUUUAUUACAAUUAAUUAAAGGGUCAUUAUACACUGAUUUGAAAAUAACUGAAGAUAUUAAAAUAUUCUCAAUUCAUGUUCAUAAAGUUGAAAUACCUGCAGUGGAAACAACGUACUGGUGCAAAACUAUUGAAUUGCCCUAUUUCUCAGAACUACAGCACAUAGUCAGGUAUGAAAAUGACAUACCAGAAGCAAGUCAAGGACUUAUUCAUCAUAUGGAAAUUUUUCGUUGUCCUGGACAUAUUAAACGUUACUAUGAUGCACCAUGUAAUUCAGAAACAAAACCAGAAGAUUUGAAAGAAUGUAGAGAAGUAAUAGCAGCUUGGGCAAUGGGAUCAACAGGAUUAACUUUUCCAGAAGAAGCUGGGAUUCCUAUCGGGGGUUUACGUGGCAAAGAAUAUGCAGUAAUCGAGAUACAUUAUAAUAAUCCUAAAAUUAUAUCAGGUAUCAUAGAUAAUAGCGGAUUUCGUUUAUACAUAACCAAUCAGUUAAGAAAGUAUGAUGUUGGCAUAAUGGAACUUGGAUUAGUCUACACACCGAACAAUUUCAUUCCAUAUAACCAGUCAAAAUUUAUUCUUGCUGGAUAUUGUGAUUCUCAAUGUACUGAUAUAGCUUUACCGAAACCGAAUGGAAUAUAUGUUUUUGCAUCACAAUUACAUACACAUUUAACAGGGAUAAAAGUUGUUACAUAUCAUAUAAGAAAUGGAACACGAUUACCGGAUCUUAACAGAGAUAAUUACUAUUCACCUCAUUUUCAAGAAAUACGUCAACUUGAUCAACAAAUACAAAUAAAACCAGGUGAUACUUUAAUUACAACUUGUACUUAUGAUACAAGUCAAAAGAAUCAAGUGAUUUUUGGUGGAAUAGGAAUAAACAAUGAAAUGUGUGUCAAUUAUGUAUUUUAUUAUCCAAAAAUUGAUUUGGAACUAUGUAAAUCGGAAGUCUCUAUUGAAUCAUUAAAUAUAUUCUUGAAUUCAUUGGAUGAAAAUGAACAUCAACAGAAUUAUAAUAGUUUAGUGAAUAGAGUAAAUAAUAUUACAUGGAAACAAAAGAAUGUAGAUCAGCUGAAGAGAUUUUAUGAAAAUGCACCUAUUGAAAUGCAUUGUAACAGUUCAAGUGGAACUCGUAUAAAGAAUUCUAAAAUCUAUCGGUUUCCUGAAAUAAUACCAUUCGAUGACCAGGAUGAUUCAUAUAACGAAGACUGUUCAAGUAAUGACGAAAAUGUUGACUGGUUCAUUUGAGAACAUUAAUAGUAAAAUAAAUGAAGUGACUAUGAAGAUCAAAUUGAAACUACUUUCUACAUGAAAGAAACACAACUGUAAUUGAUUUUAAAUAAAUAUUUG